AUGUUAUAUAUGGACGAAUGGAAAUGUAUGAUCUAUUUGGCUGCACCCAACAUAGCAGAUGUGGAGGCCAUGACUCGCACCGGACUUUAUUUAAACGAUUUAAGUCUUCAUGACUUCAGUCGUGAUAUGCCGUAUGGUAGUAUUGAACACACCAUUUCUAAUCCCAGUCCCCAAUUUGCCCGUUCAAUCAAACAGGUAUUGGCCGGACAGCAACAAACAGCUGAACUCAAGUUAGCUUUAGACCAAGAGUUGCAUAAAAGCAAACAAUUGGAGGAAUCGAUGGACAAAUUGGACGAAGAGAUGAAAAGGACCGAUGAAUUGCUUUACCAAAUGAUAAAUUGCGGACAGACUUCGGAGGGGAGAGAAUCCUAUCGAUACCUGUCAGGUAUGCCAUACAGAGAUCCAUAUCACAACUACUUCCCGUGUGUGACAAUACUAUUCUCGGAUAUCGUCAACUUCACGGUCAUAUGUAGUCGCAUAACCCCUAUGCAAGUCGUCAAUAUGUUGAACUCCAUGUACAGUAUGUUUGAUGAACUCACUGAAAGACACUGCGUUUAUAAGGUGGAGACAAUAGGCGAUGCAUACAUGAUAUGCAGCGGCGGUGGUAUACUGGACGGCCAGGAUAAUGUCAAUCACGCCCACAAAGUAUGCGAAAUAGCCUUAGAUAUGAUACGAGUUGUGUUCACAUUGAGGGACCCGUCGAGUGGUAAUAAUCUCAACAUUAGAAUC